UCAACAUUUGGUAUUAAUAAUUAUAACAUUUAGUUCGUUCUGAUUUGUAUCAGUAUCCCGUCAAGUGCACCAUGCAAAUCGUAAACAGUGCUUAUUUCUUAUGUGUGGUGGCAAUGGUUAGGGCCAGUUUCGAGGGCGGCCACGGUGGUCAUCACGAAUUGUCGCAUACAGUGGAAGUGACGAAACACGUUCCCGUUCCAGUUUACAAGCACGAAACCGUUCCAGUGCCUCAUGCCGUUCCCGUUCCAGUGCCCAAACCAGUAGCUGUGCCAGUACCUCAACCGUACCCCAUUCACAUUAACGUACCCCAACCUGUGGCAGUACCCGUCAUCAAAACCAUCACCAUCCCCGUUGAGAAACCCGUACCAUACAAGGUGGAAAAGGAAGUAGCAUACCAUGUAGAAAAGCCCUACCCAGUUCCAGUUGAAAAGCACGUCCCCGUAAAGAUCACCAAACCCGUUCCCUACAAAGUACCAGUCUACAAGGUUGUGUACCACCACAGCAAACACUAAGCCGAUGAGUUGUUCUACAUAACAAGACGCAAGACUGAUACACCAAUUCUUCAUCUUCCUUCAUUUUCAUCCCAUCUUAUUGUUACCUCGUUGUUGUUGUUGUUGUUAUUGUUUUUGUUAAUUUCUUAAUAAAAAUUGUUAUU